UUUGGUGUUUGGCAAAAAAACAUUUGGGUGUACAUAAAGUUUAAGAUGCUAAACAUGAAGUAGAUAAAUAUAUCUUUAAGAAGAUGUAUACAACAUUUGGCUGAGAUGAAUAGGGAAGUUUUUAUGAACAAUUUAACAAAAAGUGGCUCAAGUCUCCCGCCUUCCCCUUACUUGGACCUCUUCAUUAUCACAAUGAAUAUAGACUUCGCUUAACAAAACCCAUAAUAUUUAUAUCAACUAUAAAAAAUUUAGAAUUGAGUGACGUCUUUGUUCAGCUGGAUAAAAAAAAGUCCAUAUUAAAAUAACUCGAAACAUUCAUGGUUUAACAAGCUGAAACUAUGGAAAUUUAUUUGAUUGUUUAAUCAAUAAAGCUGAAGUUACAAAAUAUUGUAUGUUCAUACAGAAGUUUUAUUGGAAACAAAAUCAUUUAAAUUAAAAUUAAAUGGCUGGCAAACCAAAAAAGAAACGAAAUAGCAAAGACUCCACCGGCCAAGCAAACGGAAAUGGUGAACCAAAGAAAAAAGGUGGCAAAAAGAAAGCCGCAUCUAAAGGCAAAUCAUUUCAAUGUGACAUCUUUAAUGAUGCAACUAUGGAGAAUGCUUAUUAUGUGUGUCACAACAUUCAGGACGUUCUUAAAUCACGGGGUUUCGCGUGGCCUGAUGGUCAGAAGAAAAAGAAGAAGGGAAAACAUUAAAAAAUAACUUUGUUUUUAAAUUUGUAUGUAUGUUUGGUUUUGAUUUUGAAAUUUUUAAUUAAAUAAUUAAAAACUUUAAUAAAAUAUAGAGUGAAA